GUCAAAUUAAUUCUCUCUUUUUUUUUGUGACUCUUUCGCACCUUUACGAUCUCUGCCAUAAAACGACAGAUUUGAUUUAGUGAUUUGAAAAAUAACUGCAUAUGAUGUAAAACUAGCGAAAUUUAAUGAAUUCGUUUAACCAAAUGAGCACAAAGUUAUGUAAAAAAUUCAGUAUAUGUGAGCCCAUUUGCAAAAAAAUUAAAGCUAAAGUUGAUGAGGUGAUGAUGAUUUGAUUAAUGAAUGGAAUACAUGCGCAAUGAGAAAUACCAACAACGACGACGACAUUAAUAAAAAUCAAAGAAAUUCCAAUGCGCAUAAUCAACGGACCAGACGACGACCAUUUGUAAAUUUAUAUUUUACAAUGGAAUGGAAGAGUUAGUGUCUGUCGAUAACAUUUCAAAGUGCCUCAUUUUUCCAUUUUGGUGUUUAUUUAAGUAAGGCUAAACUAUUGCAGGGGUUUCUUUUCGCUGUAAUCCAAUGCAACCCAUCAACGUCUCCCUUUAGUGCCCCAUUGGAUUUGUUUGGAUUUUUUUCCUCGCUUGGGCCUAACCAUUUUCAUUGGGAAAACUUAACACAGUUCAGUUCGUUCGGUAGUGGUCGGAUGAAAGAAAAAGAGAGUGUGCAACGGUGAAGUGCAUUGUGUGGAAUGUAGUGGGGAGGCCAAUUACUAUGAAAAUCUAAUAAGAAGAACCGUUGUUGUGGUUGUUUGUUGCAUAAAUUACAAAUUACCUUUUAACAAAAGAGAAAACUUUCCAACAAAUCUGCAGGAAAAUCUCAUCGGUGGGUGUGAACUAUGAAGGAAAACCAUCAUCUUGUGCAUUGGGAAAAAGAAAGAAGAUAAAUUAAGCGAAAAUGCUUACCUUGCUUAGUGAAUGCCAUUUCUGGACUACGCGCGACGAUAUAAGGAUAAAACAUACAGACUACGGUUGUUUACGUUAUACGCGCAACCGUGAAAUCCAGCAACAGUUGGUUGCAAACGAUGUCUAUUCCGAAGCCAAGCGCGACUACCUAGAGCGGCGUGGAUAUCGAGCAGUUCUAAAGAAUUCCCGCAAAGGCAUUGGGCGUUUAAAGGACAACAUAAAGCGUUUAGAAGAGCUUCUGCGCUCACAACACAAAGUAAUCCAUGUCCAUUGGCCAGAGGACUCGCAUGUCUUGCUAUUAUUUGCCAAUGGAACUAUAGCCCACAUAUGUGUCGAUGUGUUUACCGGCGAUAUAUCCAGAAUGGUUUAUGAAAAAUAUUUGGAGGGAAAGGCUGCCGACAUAAUAACUGAUGCAUUUUUUACACAUUCCCACAUUGUGUUGGCGUAUAACACUAACCAAGUGACAGUCGUACACCUACAAAAACCCAAUUCAAGAGCACAAGGUCCUGAGAAAAUAUCAAACAUGGACCCAAAAAUAUUUCAUGCCAUUAUACCUGGUACGGCGGAAAGAAGAUUGCCGCGUCGCAUAACAGUGAACAGCACAAAUGAUAUGUUUGUAGUCUGGACAAAAUCAUCACAGAACGAGGUAUUUCCUUGGCGACCAACAAUAAGGGAUCAGGAUCGUGCCAAUAUACAUGUCUUCAAAUUAAAUGGCAAUCAAUUGGACUUCUUUGCCUACUGUUGGUCGGAAAACGAUCCGUUGUAUGUGGAUUUCCUGCGGUCUGCAGAAAAUCAAAUUUUAGUUCUGGAACAGAAAAUUUCCCGCAAGGGUGAAAUUUCAGCGGAAGUGUGUUCAUAUGAAAUUGUGGUCGGGAAGAUGCAACGAACCCCUUUAUCAUCCAUACUAGUGGGUACACAAAUAACAUGUUAUGCGUUUAGUCCGGACCAGGAAAAGCUGUUUCUGGGUAGCGCCGAUAGAAAUAUUUGUCUACACGAUUUGGUGUUGCAGUCCACGAAAUGCGUAACGCAAAUUGAUAUUGUACCCAUACAAUGUUCCUGGCACAGUGAUUCAAGCCUUAUAGUGAUAGCGAAUACCAGAUCACAAUUUCAAUGCUUCGAUUUAGCUCUUACUCCCGUUGGCAAUCAGUUGCAAAGUGAAGAUGUGACACCUUCAAAUCUUCUGGACCUAUCGCAUUAUUUCUCCACUCAGCCAACACUCUUACAAAUUUCCUUCAGUCGCAAACCCGAACUUCAUCAUUACUCCCAUCCCUAUGCGGCCACGGAUUCCUAUUUGUUACUGUUAUACGAUCAAGGCCCCAUCGGAUGUUUGCGUUUCUUUGCAGGAGCGGGUAUGAGGGGUGAUAUUCAUAAUUCUGGCCUAACAGCCGAUGUUAUACUGGAUAAAUAUUUGGCUUUAAAUCAAUUGGAAAAGGCGGUGAAUCUGCUGAAUGCCUUAAAUUGGGAGACCUAUGGAGCCGUUUGCCUGAUAUCUCUUCAUAAAAUAGCCAAUCAUGUGUUCUACCGCGGCGAUCAAAAGAAAAUACGAAUAGAAUUAAUGGCCAAAGCUUUGCGGACCUUUUCAGAUUCCCUCACUGAAGAGACUAAGGAUGAGUUUAGUGAUCAGGUUUUCGAUUUGAAAAGAAGAUUUUUCUUCUUUCUUCUCAGGCACAACCUCUAUACCGAAGCCUUUGAAGUGGCCCAAGAUAUCGAAGACUACGACCUAUUUAUGGAUCUCUUUAAUGUAACGAAAUGUGAUCCAAAUCUUUUGGAUUUCUCUGCCGCUUGUUUCAGCCAAGCUGCGGCCAUACUGCACGAGGAAGACAUGGCAGUUAACACUGGAAAUGCCUUUCGCUCUGACUCUGCAUGUUCCCAAACGACAAGCUCCGAUAUUACCAAUGCUCGCAGUAAAUUGCAGCAGCAACAACAGCAACAUCAAAAAUUUCUUAAACAUUAUGUGCCACCCUUGCCCUCCUUUAAGUCGAAAGUCUUUAAUGCUGAAAUGAUUAAAAUAAAUGCGCCGCGAUCCGAAGUUUCCCCGGAAAAUCUUGCAACAAGGCCGCAAAAGGAAAAGAGUAGGCCACCCCCACCACCUGUGCCUGACAAGAAGCUUGCCAAAUUGAAUCCUGCAGCGCUUUCCGUAGCAAAGUCGGUAUCCCUAAGCAGUAAUUUAGCUAAUCUAACACUGAAAAGUGCAAGAAGUUCCGGCCAAACACAAGGUUCAAAUGGCCUCAGUUCCUCCCCUGCUCCACAAUGGUCUGACUUAAAUGUUACACAGAAAAGCACACAUUUGAAGUCAGCUUUCGUGCCGCAUUACACUUCGAAUAAUACACUGUACAAAUCCAAUAACGUCCCUCUAGCCAUAACGAAUACCAAUGCAUUAAACAAUAAUUCCUCAAACGUCCAUCAAACAUCAAACGCGUUCAUGCAAUUCAAUUCGCCGCCACCGAACAAGUCUCUGAUAAAUGAUGCCUGCAAUAAUACCGCCCUUGUGUUAUCUCAUCACCAAGCACGUAGCUACUCAACAGCACAAACGCCAGCACUUUCUACGCCGCCCAUUGCCAUGUAUCAACCGAAAUUUUUCCAACAUCCUCUGGUGUCGGGCACCAUCCCCUCGAGUGGCACAACAUCCCUGGCUGCUCAUAGCAUAUCGAAUGAAGAAUAUCAAAAGGUACUGUUAAGCAAAAAACCUACAGCUUCCAUACUAUCCAACGGUUCUGCGACACAGAAUGGCAGCAGCAAUACGUCCGUUUUAAGCGGUGGAACAAGUGGUCUACAAAAUAGCAUCGCUACAAAGGAAAAUAAUAAAAAUACGAGCGGAGAAAAAAAUAAAGUAAAAUUUUCGGACACCGUCCAGGUGGCAGUAGUGCCGGCUGUUAUCUCAUUACAGGAAAUUCCUCGCAGAGACAAACCGCUUAUAUCGAAACGUAAUGGAUAUGCUCGGCCGGCACCUCGAAACUUUACCAAUCCCAAAAAGGAAUUACAAGACAGUUUGCCACUAUGCCAUCCGCACGAUGACUAUCUUAAAGACUUCAAUCCUUUGCCCGCAGCAGAAACGCAUAGACCACCAAUAAAACUAUACUCUACCAAUGAUGAGUUUAAUCAUCAACAUCAGUAUCAGCACAAAGCAACACCAAGCGUUAACACUUCCACCACUAACAAAACUAACAACAACAAUAUCGACAACAACAACACAUUUCCCAACUCUUCCCAUGCAACAAGCAGCUCAACGCCUAUAAAAGUAGUACAUUUUGGAGUUGUAUAACCAAUCAACUUUAUGUGUUUUUCUGUACUAAUAAACAUCUAUAUACCUAUUAUCUUUCAACAAAUGUCUUCCAAGUAGUAAGACCCAUCCGUCCAACUUACUUCCCUCAAACUAAAGCUUUAUAGACACACAAUAAUUACAGAUGGACCUUAGUU